GAGACUUGAAACUUAUGUGACAUUUCUGAGAAACACAAACUGAAUUACAUGAAGGCAGGUUGACUACAUGGACUUUCACAUACUGAAGAAUGUUCACCUUUCUAGACUUUCCAUUAUACCUCAUGGAAACUUUGAAACGCUGGAGUUCACUACAUGGAUAUGUUAUGUUUAUGUUCCUUACAACGAUCAGCAAAGGGUCAGCAUGUGAGGCUCCCUCAAGUCCUGAGUGCUUCAGGAAAAAUACAGAUGAAAUUUUAUACAUGUGUGAAUGGAGCAUGAACAAAACUGAAGGCAGUGUGACAUUUCACCUUUACAUUGAUAACAAAAAAUAUGGGAGCACUAAUGAGACCUGGUACAAGAUCCAUGGGGACACGGUGAUCCAAGGGCGAGAUGUUAACAUUUGGGUAGAAGCUUAUGCAGGUAGCAUCAACUGCACAUCACCCAGAAAAAGUGUAACACUCGUGCACCUAGUUAAGUAUGAUGCACCACAAAGUAUUUCAAUGUCCUGGUUAGGAAAUAACCUCAGCUUAAUCUGGAAGGCUGCAGAGAAGCAUCCAGCUUUAGCUGAGGUCUUGUUUCGUAAACAUAAUAACACCACAGAAUCAUGGGAAAAAAAAUUAAUAAAUACCACCACUGAGGCUUCGAAGUAUCAAGUCAUUCUUGUGAAUCUCUUGAACCAUUCAGCUUACCAGGUUCAGAUCAGACAUCGGUCCACUCAGGCUAAAAACCCACUGUGGAGCAAAUGGUCUCCAGUCGUGACUGUCCCUGCAGAGCUUGAACAUGAACCUGAAGUCACCGUGACAACAAAACUUUUAAAUGGCACUCGAGCAGUGAUGUUAACUUGGAAGCAGAUUCUGAAUGCAGCAGCAGCAGUCAGUGGAGUGACCUACAGAUUGGAGGACACACAGUCCUCUCAUGGAUGUCCUUGUGCAAAUAAGACAAAGACACAUGUCAAGACAAAUAAAUCCACUAUUUAUGUGUCAUACUCUGCUGUCAAUAUCUCUGUUACCGCCAUAAACGCAGCGGGGCAUUCCCCAUUGGCAAAUAUACAACUACCGGCCAAACCUGCUGCAAAUUUAAAAAUUUGUGACAACACUGAAAAAGAAAAAAUGAAAAAGAAUACUUGCAAACAGUGGUAUGAGCUUCAAGAUCGAGAGCUGAAGCCAGAAAAUGUGAUAACUUUAGCGAAUAAGAAAAGCAAAGGAGCGAAGCAAAUAAAAGCAAGCAUUAAGGACUAUGUUCGCUACCUUUACUUUGAACACAGAUGUGAUGGUGGAAAGCCACGGACAGUUAAAAUGUGUCUCUAUUACAAAAAAGAGGGUGCACCACAGAGAGAACCACAGAACUUCACUGUUACUAGUGAAACACUCGAUUCCGCUAACCUGUCCUGGGAAACAAUUGCCAUUGAGGACCAACGAGGUUUUGUCACACACUACAGCCUGUGCAGCGAGAAAAUCAGCUCCCAGGAUGAGCGGAAAGAGUGCCGUAAUAUAUCAGCAUCACUGUUAACAUACCGCCUGGAAAACUUGACGCCCGGGGCAAAAUAUAACAUCAGCCUGGCUGGAGUGACCAAAGAGGGAGAAGGACCUUCAGCCAAAUUAACAAUAUACACACAGCCAGAGAAACCAGUGAAUGUGUGGUGGAGUUUCGGCCUGCUGUUUGUGUUCUUUUUAAGCUCAACAAUGUGCACUAUUAUUUUAAAGAGAAUCAAAAAUAAGAUCUUCCCUCCUGUGCCGACACCUGUCAUUCCAGAUUUCUUCACCUAUCAGCCAGAAAGUCAGGAGAUGUUGGAGGAGAAAGAGGAGGUGCAUGAGCUGAUGCUGUCCCCGCUGCACCCAGAGGUGAAGUCUGUCCCUGAGGAUACAGAGGAGACCACCGCUCUCCAUGGAGAAUGGGACGCUGGGAGUGACGAGGACAUGGGGGAUGAGAGGAGUGAUUCAAGGAUGUCAGGAGAAAGCAGCGAUGAAAGCCCUGGCUCUACAGACCAGGCACUGAGGAGCUCCAGAGAAGGAGAAAUAACAGAUCUUGAACAGGUGGACAAUGAGAUCGCCAUGCUGAUAUACAGGAAUGGUUUGGUCUUUGAUGUGAAGACAGAUUAACAUUCACUUAUACUAAAGAUUUAAUGAAUACUUUUCUUGUUUUUUCAUUUUGAAAAAUGAUGAAUCUGCCAAAGCAUCUUUUUAAACAUUUGUUUUUUCCUGUGUGUAUUUUUGAAUUUUGUCUGACAUUUGUUCUGUACUGUGGAUGGUAAAUCCUCAUUCAGUUUUUAAAUAUUUUCUAGGUUUCUCAGACAAUAAAAUUGUAAUGAUUCACAUUCA